UUGGCUUAUUUUAAGCUCUGGUAUCUCUCAUUUCUGCAUCUGGGUUUCUUUUCUUUAUUCUCUUCUCUAUCUUAUAUUUAUAUACUACACAAACAGCAAAUAUUAAUCAUAACAAGAUUAAUAUUAGUGCAUCUUUUAUUCACAUUAGUGAACAGAGGGUAAUGUUAACCGAAAUAAUCAAACAGUUUUCACUCUUGCUUUAGUUUCAUAUUUUCUAUUGUUGGAAAUUUUUAUAUAAAUCUGUCUUCAACAUUGGAGAGAAAAUGAGAAGUCCUGGAUAUUUUGAUUGGAAAUCUGAAUGUGGGUCUUUUGGGCAAAAGAUGGGUUUUGGUUAUUUUUGUAUUUAUAUAAAGUCGUGUGCUUUACCAUUUCUGAUUGAUGGACAUUUGCCCCAGAAGAAAGAAAAGAAGAAAAAAGAAAAAAGAAAGAAAGAAAACUCGCCAUGUGCAGCGAAAGAGUAAAUAUUGCGUAGGUUUUUAUGAUUGUGUGGUUGGUGAAAAGUAGUAGGCAAUGGCAUCAACUUCUUGUGCCAAGCAGUGUCCAGCGCCUGCGAAACAACCAGUCAUGAAUUAUGUUCAAUAUCCAGCUCCUCAGGCAAGAUAUGAGGAUGUUGCAUCUGAUCCUAAGCUCUUCAUGUCCACUUUGGAAUCGCUCCAUGCUGCUAUGGGAACCAAGUUUAUGAUCCCCAUUAUAGGAGGAAGAGAACUCGAUUUGCAUCGGCUCUUUGUCGAGGUAACCUCUCGUGGUGGUCUUGAGAAGAUUAUUAGAGAGAGAAGAUGGAAAGAAGUAACUGCCAUUUUCAACUUUCCUUCCACUGCAACAAAUGCAUCUUUUGUGCUGCGCAAGUACUAUGGUUCCUUGCUUCACCACUAUGAACAGCUUUACUUUUUCAAAGCCCGGGGUUGGACUCCUGGCUCAUCUGUUCCCAUGCAGAGCCCAUUGGCAUCAAGGCUUCCAGCACAAGUAACUGUGCAGCCGUCACCCGAGUAUCAAGCGGCUACAGCCCAGCAACAAAGAACAAACACUGCAGAGCUGUAUGGAGCGAGGAUAGCAUCAUCAGGAAGUUCUCAAGUGAUAGGGGUGAUUGAUGGGAAAUUUGAGAGCGGAUAUCUUGUUACUGUGACUAUAGGGACCGAGAAGCUCAAAGGUGUUCUUUAUCAGGCACCACAGAACCAUCCAGGCCAAGAGCCACAGAGUUACAGUAUUCCUGCGAACAAUACUGGCGAUGCUCGUGCUGCAUCAGGUAUGCAACGUCGUCGGCGGCGCAGAAAGAAAAAUGAGAUAAAAAGGAGGGAUCCUGCUCAUCCAAAGCCCAACAGAAGUGGCUAUAAUUUCUUCUUUGCUGAGCAGCAUGCGCGCCUGAAGCCCCUUUACCCAGGGAAGGAUAGAGAGAUCAGCAGGAUGAUUGGUGAAUUAUGGAGCAAUGUAAACGAAACUGAAAAAGCAGUCUAUCAGGAGAAAGCAGUCAAAGAUAAAGAAAGAUACAGAAUUGAAAUGGAGGAUUACAGGGAAAGAUUGAGAACAGGGCGAGUGAUUAGUGAUGCAGUUCCAUUACAGCAAUGGCUGCCUGAACAUGAUUCAGAUAUGGUGGAUGCUGAUAUAAAGACCGAUGAAAUUGAAGGAGAGGACUCUCUUCAGACUCCAGAAAAUGAGAGUAGUUCUGGCAAAAGUGAUUCUGCAGAUGAAGAUGACACUGCAAAAGAAAGUUUGGAUAGGGCAGCAUCUCUAAAUAUUCACGCGGGUCAUAUGGAUAUAGACUCACCAGCUGAGGCGCCAGCCUCUAGUUUGGCUAAUAAGGAAGAGAAUAUUGGAGAUCAGGGGGCUGACAAGGUUGGGAAUAUAGGAGAGCAACACAAGGACGAUGCAAUAUUUGACACUGACAAAGAGAGAGUACCUGGAGAAGGACAAUGAAGUUAUUUUUCACCAAAAAGUAGGAUUUUCACUGUUUAUGUUCAUUAUAGGCAUUCCUAGAUUACGGCUUCAGGUACUUUUACCUUAUAUUUUUCCAUCAAUUCAUCUUCUACUUGCAUUUUAUUACUUUCCAUGCUGUGAAAAUUAGGUUAGUUGAUUUAGGGAGGUGCAGAAGUUUUGUUGGACUUCUGACAGUUUUGUAGUAAGGAGAAAUUUUGACGCAUUUGUUGAACAAAUAUUCUUGUUGCAUCUCAGCCUAUGCUUUCAAGUUUAAAUACAAAUUCUGAAUUCAUCUCCA